UCUGCUCUGCACUGUUAAUUUAAACAUUGAACAGUAUUAAGUCCCUUCUAAAAUAUAAGUAUUUUUAGCUUUCCAUAAAUGUUUAUAUUUCAGGAAGGAGGUAACGUUUAUGUGUCUUAAUUCCAGCAUUGGAAGCUGUACAUUUAUGGCGAAUAAUAUAAUAGAAAAAAAAUAUGCCGCAAGACACUUCUUUUGUUUAUUGCUAGCAUAAUAAAGUAUGACCAAGACUCGUUCGUCUUCAUUAAGAAAAUUUAUUUAUGGCGAAAAUACAGCUAUCACAACAAAUUUGAUCUCCCAUUGUCACUUCAUAAAGAAAUUCCAUUUUAGCAGCGUAUCACAAAAUUUGAUCUCCCAUUUAUGCCUCAAGAUUUGCAUCAUCUUACUACAUAGACCCACCAAAUUAAAGCCUCAAGAUUUGCCCAUGGAAUCUUACUACAUAAACCCACCAAAAGCCUCAAGAUUUGCCUCCUCUCCAUUCUCCCCAAACGAGACACCCAAAAUGGCAGCGAGGCUUCUCAUCCCCAUCCUCCUAGUGCUCCUUGUCGUCUCCCACGUGGCGCUCGCCUCCAUCGUGGAGGAGACGUGCGCGAAGGUGGAAAACAUAUCGCUCCGCAAGGAACUGGAGGCCGUCUGCGUGACCACGCUCCAGGCGGCGCCGGGGAGCGCCACCGCCGACACGCACGGGCUGGCCGUGAUCGCCACGAACCUGACGCUGGUCAACUACACGGCGGCGGUGGCCACAAUCAAGGACCUACAACGGCACGGCGGCUGGACGGUCGGCCAGCAGGCUGCGCUGGCCACGUGCCGUGAGCGGUACACCGAGGGGAUCAAUGCGAUGCAUAGAGCCAUCCAAGCACUGGCCACGAUGCAGAAGCAGGCAUACGAGGACAACAUGAUCGCAGCCGUGAGGGCCUCCACCGACUGCGCCGCCGCGUCCGUGGCCGCGGAUAAGGAGGAGUCGCCUCUGCGCAAGGUGAACGCCGACGCCGAGCACCUAACCGUCGUGGCCAUGGUGAUCUUUUUCUUGUUGUACGUGUAGCAAGCAGGAUACCUGUGGAUCUUGCCGUGUGACCGGUGUUAGAUAGAUCGACAAAUCUAUGAAAAUAAAAACAGUAAUUGAAUGCGUGA